GACUCAGCAUCAGGAGACCAAGAGAACCCAAUUGAUACCGAACAGCGUAGCGCUUCUAAUAGCAAACCCGCACACGUGCGAUCAUCCUCCUACGCCGCCUUAACAGUACACGCAGCUAAUGCACGCAUCGUCAGUGAGGGCGGUGAGCAUAAGCUUUCAAGUCCGAGCACAGAGUCAGCGGUAUCCGAGGGGCAUACGGGUAUAUCACCACACAGGAGAGCCCGGAUGGCCAAGAUGGCCAAGAUGAAACAGAAGAGCAAGACCACACUCUCCUGGAGUGGCUUUAAUGAAACCAUUACCGACAAUGACUUAAACGUUGAUUUGACGGUACGGACAGUCGCGACGAGUGCGCCACGGAAGACAACACCGUCACCUACACUAGAAACUGUAGACGAUAAAGACGAGUCACCGUCUGAGGCAUUCGAGCACACUGGAGUGCUUAUCCGUUGUGAAUUAGAGGAAAUGGACAUCAAGACACUGACGAAGUUGUACGAUAAUCUGAAAAAGUCGUUGGCAGCUCUCAAUAGGGAGCUGGUACACGUACUGAAUGUUCGAGAAGAGGCUGCAACCGCUCACGAACAGAAAGAGGUGCAGAUGGCCGAAGUAAUGAAUAACAUCAACGACUUAUCAGAUGCCAAAUCAUUCGGUAUGUAA